AUCGCAAGGUUCUUGCAGUCCGGACCCUGUAACAAAUCCGCUCAGGUGCUAGUGCAAGAGCUCGAAGAGCAUCAGGUAUGGACCCCUUUUGGGAAGAGGUGGGGAGGGCUGGGGAGAACCUGGAGGAAGGGUAAGGUAGGUCAGGGGCCGAGGGCAGGGGCCCGGAGGGAGCCUUCGAGGUGGACACUUGGGGCUGUUGUCACUUGGGGUGAACUGGGUUCUUUGCUUAGAAGGGGCGGACAACGCAGGGGUCUAAACUCGCCGCCUUUUAUUCUUGCGGGAGGUGUUUUUUCAGGAUUUUCUUCCCUUUGGCCUGCCCCCCACCCCCCACCCCCGGUGGCAGCCAAUGCACACAUUCCUCCAGACUACCUCCUUAAAAUUUGUGAGAGGAUUGGCCCUUUAUUAGACAAGGAGAUCCCUCAGAGUGUUCCUGGGGUACAGACAUUACUAGGUGUUGGUCGGCAGUCUCUCUUACGGGAUGCCAAAGACUGUAAGAGUACACUAUGGAAUGGGUCUGCUUUUGCAGCUCUCCACAGAGGCAGACCUCCAGAACUACCUGUAAAUUAUGUGAAACCUCCAAAUGUGGUGAAUAUCACCUCAGCCAGGCAAUUAACCGGAUGUAGUCGCUUCAGCCAUGUUUUCCCCUCAUCUGCUUACCAGCACAUUAAGAUGCAUAAGAGAAUUCUGGGACACUUAUCUUCUGUCUACUGUGUAGCCUUUGAUCGAAGUGGGAGGCGAAUUUUUACAGGUUCAGAUGACUGUUUGGUGAAAAUCUGGGCUACAGAUGAUGGCCGCCUUCUUGCCACGCUGCGAGGGCACUCUGCUGAAAUCUCUGACAUGGCCGUUAACUAUGAAAAUACUCUCAUUGCUGCAGGCAGCUGUGAUAAAGUUGUGAGAGUUUGGUGUCUUCGAACUUGUGCACCAGUUGCUGUCCUUCAGGGACAUUCAGCUUCUAUUACUUCCAUACAGUUUUGUCCAUCAACUAAAGGCACAACUAGAUACCUCACUUCUACUGGUGCUGAUGGAACAAUUUGUUUCUGGCAAUGGCAUGUAAAAACAAUGAAGUUUAGAGAUCGCCCAGUAAAAUUCACUGAGAGAUCCAGACCUGGAGUUCAGAUAUCUUGUUCAUCUUUCAGUUCUGGUGGUAUGUUCAUUACAACAGGGAGCACUGAUCAUGUUAUUAGAAUAUACUAUUUGGGUUCUGAGAUACCUGAGAAGAUUGCUGAAUUAGAAUCACAUACGGACAAAGUUGUGGCUGUUCAGUUCUGUAACAAUGGAGACAGCUUAAGGUUUGUUAGUGGAAGUAGAGACGGAACAGCAAGAAUAUGGCAAUAUCAACAACAGGAGUGGAAGAGCAUAGUGCUAGAUAUGGCUACUAAGAUGAGUGGGAAUAAUUUGACAUCUACAGAAGACAAAGUCACUAAACUGAAGGUGACUAUGGUGGCCUGGGAUCGGUAUGAUACCACUGUUAUUACUGCAGUGAACAAUUUCCUAUUGAAAGUUUGGAAUUCUGUCACAGGGCAGCUUCUUCAUACUUUAUCUGGGCAUGAUGAUGAAGUAUUUGUUCUAGAAGCACAUCCAUUUGAUCAAAGGAUCAUACUUUCAGCAGGUCAUGAUGGGAACAUUUUUAUUUGGGACCUUGACCGAGGGACCAAAAUACGAAAUUACUUUAAUAUGAUUGAAGGCCAAGGCCAUGGGGCAGUGUUUGAUUGUAAAUUUUCACCAGAUGGAAACCAUUUUGCCUGCACAGAUUCUCAUGGGCAUCUGUUGCUAUUUGGCUUUGGAUGCAGUAAAUACUACGAAAAGAUUCCAGAUCAGAUGUUCUUCCAUACUGAUUAUCGGCCACUCAUCAGAGAUGCCAAUAACUAUGUAUUAGAUGAACAAACUCAACAAGCUCCUCACCUCAUGCCUCCCCCAUUCUUGGUGGAUGUCGACGGAAAUCCUCAUCCUACAAAAUUUCAACGGCUCGUACCAGGACGGGAGAACUGUAAAGAUGAACAGCUUAUUCCACAGUUGGGAUAUGUGGCUAAUGGUGACGGUGAGGUGGUAGAACAGGUAAUUGGGCAGCAAACCAAUGACCAAGAAGAAAGCAUUCUUGAUGGUAUAAUCAGGGAGUUACAGAGAGAACAAGAUCUCAGAUUAAUUAAUGAAGGAGAUGUUCCACAUUUUCCAAUUAAUAGAUCAUAUUCUGUUAAUGGUGCUCUGAGUAGUCCAAAUAUGGACAUACCUUCUUCCCCAAAUAUUGGCCUUCGGCGUAGUGGCCAAAUUGAAGGUGUUCGGCAGAUGCACAACAAUGCUCCCCGGAGCCAGAUGGCCACUGAAAGAGACCUCAUGGCCUGGAGUCGAAGAGUGGUGGUGAAUGAACUAAAUAGUGGCGUUAGUAGGGUACAAGAAGAAUGUCGAAAUGCAAAAGGUGACCUAGAAGUUAGUCUUUAUACUGUUGAAAAGAAGAAAAAGCCAUCUUAUCCUAUCCAAAGAAAUGAUUAUCAGCCCAGCUGUGGAAGGUCUUUACGGAGGACACAACGCAAGCGCCAGCAUACUUACCUAACAAGGUCGAACAUAGAGCAUAAUAAUUCACAGGCAUCAUCUCAAACUUCGGGUGUACAAGAAGAUUCAGACAGCUCUUCAGAGGAAGAUGAAACUGUUGGCACAAGCGAUGCUUCUGUAGAAGACCCUGUUGCUGAGUGGCAAAGCGAAAGUUCUUCCAGUGAUUCAUCAAGUGAAUAUUCUGACUGGAUAGCAGAUGCUGGGAUAAAUUUGCAGCCUCCCAAAAGACAAACAAGACAAGCAACACAGAAAAUAUACAGCAGCUCUGAAGAUGAAAAUUUGAAGUCAUUGGAAGAUAGGCAGAAAAAAACUAAACAGACUAGAAAGAAGAAAGGGGGACUUGUUUCUAUGGCAGGCGAACCCAAUGAAGAAUGGCUUGCCCCGCAGUGGAUCUUGGAUACCAUACCACGACGUUCUCCUUUUGUCCCACAGAUGGGAGAUGAGCUUAUUUACUUUAGACAAGGACAUGAAGCAUAUGUGCGAGCUGUAAGGAAAUCAAAAAUAUAUAGUGUUAAUUUACAAAAACAGCCAUGGAACAAAAUGGAUCUCAGGGAGCAAGAAUUUGUGAAGAUUGUAGGAAUCAAAUAUGAGAUUGGACCACCAACACUAUGCUGCUUGAAACUUGCAUUUUUGGAUCCAAUUUCAGGCAAAAUGACUGGAGAGUCUUUUUCCAUUAAGUAUCAUGACAUGCCAGAUGUCAUUGAUUUCCUUGUGUUACAUCAGUUUUAUAAUGAAGCCAAAGAAAGGAACUGGCAGAUUGGUGAUAGAUUCCGCAGUAUAAUAGAUGAUGCCUGGUGGUUUGGAACUGUGGAAAGUCAGCAGCCUUUUCAGCCAGAAUAUCCUGAUAGCUCUUUCCAGUGUUACAGUGUUCACUGGGACAAUAAUGAAAGAGAAAAGAUGAGCCCGUGGGAUAUGGAGCCAAUUCCAGAUGGAACUGCUUUUCCAGAUGAAGUUGGUGCUGGUAUUCCUGUGUCCCAGGAGGAACUAACUGCAUUGCUGUACAAACCCCAGGAAGGAGAGUGGGGGGCUCAUUCCAGAGAUGAGGAGUGUGAACGAGUUAUUCAGGGCAUCAACAACCUUCUUUCCCUGGAUUUUGCUAGCCCUUUUGCUGUUCCAGUGGACCUCAGUGCCUACCCCUUGUAUUGUACUGUAGUUGCUUAUCCAACUGACCUCAAUACCAUCAAACAAAGACUUGAAAAUCGGUUCUACAGUUUAAGAAGAAAGCCUUUUCAGUUUCUUCUCCCAGUGUUUCUAACCUGUACACAGCAUAUUGCCAACAGUUGGAGUGAAUCUCCCUCUCACAGUUGUUCUGCUGAUUCAGAAAUGGUUGACUUAGACUCAGAUGGUCCUGGCACUUCAUCUGGAAGGAGGGCCAAAUGUCGAGGCAGACGGCAGUCUCUCAAGUGUAAUCCUGAUGCUUGGAAAAAGCAGUGCAAAGAGUUACUGAGCCUCAUUUAUGAACGGGAAGACUCGGAGCCAUUUCGACAGCCCGUGGAUCCUCAUACUUACUCAGCUCAACAACAACAUGAAGGAGAAUCCUCAGAGUCAGUUCCUCCAGAUAGACAAGAUCCAUCUCUUUCCGAGGAUUAUCAAGAUGCUAUAGACACACCUAUGGACUUCAGCACUGUGAAAGAAACUUUGGAAUCAGGAAAUUAUGAUAGUCCUCUGGAAUUUUAUAAAGAUGUUCGCCAAAUAUUCAGCAACUCCAAAGCUUAUACUUCUAAUAAAAAGUCAAGGAUCUAUAGCAUGACGCUGAGAUUGUCUGCCUUAUUUGAAAAUCAUAUCAAAAAUAUCAUCUCGGAAUAUAAGUCAGCAAUCCAGAGCCAGAAGAGGAGAAGACCACCACGGUACAGAAAGCGCCUGAGAAGCAGCAGCAGCAGCUCGUUAUCUAGCAGCAGAGCUCCCAGUCCAAAAGGGAAACAGAAGCAAAUGAAGUUACAGCCUAAAAAUGACCAGAAUACCUCAGUGGCUUAUGCCAGGACUAGCUCUCCUUUUUCUUCUCCUGUUUCAGAUGCUGCUGAAGGUGUUUCACUGUAUCUCCUUGAUGAUGAAGGGGAUGGGCCUUUUUCUCCAUCAAGUUUCAGUGGAUAUAGUAGAAGUGGAAAUAGCCAUGACCCAGGGAAAGCCAAAUCAUUUCGUAAUAGAGUUUUACCAGCUAAACAAGAUCACUCCCUUGAUGGGCCUCUUACAAGUGUUGAUGGCAGAGAGCAGCGAACAGGAGCCAAAAGAAAACUACUCAGUGCUUCAGAAGAAGAUGAAAGCAUGGGAGGAGAAGAAAAAGAAAUGAAAGAAACAAAGGAAAAAGCACAUUUAUCCUCCUCCGAGAGUGGAGAAUUAGGCUCCAGUUUAAGUUCAGAAAGUACCUCUGGCUCUGACUCUGACUCUGAAUCCACUUCCAGAACAGAUCAAGAUUAUGUUGAUGGAGACCAUGACUAUAGCAAAUUCAUACAAACCAGACCUAAAAGAAAACUCAGAAAACAGCACGCCAAUGGAAAAAGAAACUGGAAGACGAGAGGCACAGGAGGAAGAGGCAGAUGGGGAAGAUGGGGUAGAUGGAGCCGAGGAGGCAGAGGAAGAGGUGGCAGGGGCCGAGGGGGUCGAGGGAGAGGUGGAGGUGGGGGCAGAGGGAGAGGUCGAGGGAGGGGAGGAAGAGGUGCCUCUAGAGGAUCGAGCCGAGCCAAACGAGCAAGAGUUGCAGAUGAUGAAUUUGAUACGAUGUUUUCAGGACGUUUCAGUAGACUUCCACGGAUUAAAACAAGAAACCAAGGCAGGAGAACUGUUUUAUACAAUGAUGAUUCAGAUAAUGACAACUUUGUGUCCACUGAGGAUCCUCUGAAUCUUGGUACAUCCAGAUCAGGCAGAGUACGUAAAAUGACCGAAAAAGCCAGGGUUAGCCAUCUCAUGGGAUGGAAUUAUUAACAGUUAAAGAUUUUAAAAUAAUUUUUAAAAAUAGAAUCACUGGCCUUCUACUGCAGGGAAUUUAUCAGAAAAUCUACAAAGCAAGUUGUGUGGGGAUUUCUGCUUCCUUUCACAUUGGUGCUUUUCCAUUAUGCCAGUAUACAUGUUUGUUUCAAGACUUUUAAUCUCCACACUUCAUUUGUUCAAACAAGCCUUACUCAUUAGGCCUUAAAUUAAAACAAAUUCUGCCCACACAUAUACGUGUGUGCACAUACACAUGCACGGACAUGCGCUCUCUCGCACAUACAGAUACACAACAUACACACACACACACAGACACAAACACACACACACACCACAGACACACUACAGAUUUACUACAUUAAAGGAGCAUUCUGCUUCUUAAGAGUAGCAUGACAUUUUUAUCUCAAUAAGAUAUCCCUCUUUGCUUUUGUAUCACAGAAGUAUAGCACCUUCUUACAGAGUUUUAUAUAGUUUGUGUUUGCCAUUUUGAUUCCUAUACCCAGUAAUAAUAACUUUUGCACAAUACACCAAUCCUAAAGGCAGCUAUUAAAUGUUUACAGUUUCUAUAUUGUAAGAACGAUCUGGAUUAUUUUACUCUUCCCAGGCCAAACUUUCACGAACUGUACUGAACUGAAGUAUAUAUUUAUACUGCAGUUUUGGGGUGGGGUGGGGGGUAUCUUGAUAUGCUUUUCAUUGAUUUGCUUAAUUCACGUUUAAGGUGAGAAAGGGUUGGUGCCUUGUAAAUAUGUAGCAAAUCAUUGUGGUGUGUCCUGAUGUGUGCAUUAACUUUAUUAAAAGAGAAUACUUGAGGUAUCGAUCUAGACAAGGUGCCAAAUGCAAAAGUUUCUUGCAUCCAUUUUUCUUUUCCUGUUAUAUUUUAUUGCAUUAAUAGAACUUGUGUAGCUUAAACGUAACUUAAACAUUUGAAAAAAAAAUCCUCAUCCACAAAGAAUAACUUCUUUGAACAGUAGCUCAGCUACCUCUGUUAACUACAACUACUGGAAAUGCUAAGGAAAAUAGAUGCUGUUACUCAUUUUUAAGGAGAGAUAGAACAAGCUUGGUAGGGAUGAAUACUCCUAAGUUAUAAGCUGAGAAUUUUCAGUAAUCAUAUUGGCUCUCAAAUUAAUAGUUGUAAUAAACCAGAUUUCCUAAGUGUUAUAUACUCUAGGCUUUUGUAGAACAUGUUUGUGUAAGUAGACUUGCUCUACUGCAUAGAUUUCUCUGCCACUUACUAUCUAACAGCUGUGAGUUACUGGUUUUCAUUUGAAUCUUAAAUAGUAUCAAAGCACCUAACUUGAGCUGGAAUAUUUUGGCUCGCUAAUAGUUGGAAGCAACUUUAAUAGGUUCUUCUGUUCUCAUUCCAAAGGGUUCUUCUGUUCUAGAUUUCCAGAAAAGAGCCUCAUUGCACUGCAAACAGCUAUUUUGAAUCGUUAUUUUAUAGUUGAAAAACAAAAACAAAAAAAACUUUAAAAUCAUGUAUGGUCUUGUUUACAGCAAUAGAGUGCACGUGGUUCCACAAGCGAGCUUCAGUCCCAAGAUCAAUUUUAUUCCUCAAAUUUGAGAUAGCAGAUGUGCUACUUUGUUACAUAAAUUCUCAAAGUAGGAGGGGGAAUAAUAAUUGAUCUCUGCUUUUGUAACAGCAGUUUUGUUACACUUAGAUCAGACAGACUUGUGUGAUAAAACAUUUUCUUAAUGUAUGCCUGGUAGUCCAGGAUAUUUCUUAAGCUGACGUUGUUUGUCUCAUGCUUUUAAUCAUUUCAUGCAUCUGAAAAUCUGUUAAGUGCAGAGGAAGGAGUACACACAUAACUUUGCUUUUUGGUGGGGUUGGGGGCUUUAUUGAACUAAUACCCUUAAGCAAUUUUCACUUGCAGUAGAAAUGAUGUUCAGGCUUUAAGAAAAUAUAAUGAACUGUUAAUGGCACUAAUGUCUGUUGCUAGAGAGCAGACCAAGCUGAUAUUUUUGUUGUUUUUUUUUCACUAUACCAAAACUAUUUCUGGUUAUAAACUCAACUGCCAUUUUAGCCAUAGUAUAGAUUCAAAAUGUUCCCAUUUGAGAGUCUACAUUUAAUUUUUUAUUAAAAUAUACUAUUUCAGUUAUUCAUCUCUUGGGCAUUUAGACUAAAUUGUGCCUGUGUUUUCCCGGAGUCAGUAACACUUUGUCCUACAACAAUCAACAUACUAUAGUUGCUUAAAAUUCCUGGAUAUACCCAAAUGUAUAUCAUGUGUACCAUGUUAGUAUGAAAUUUUUAUUGACAUUCUUCUAUGAAGAGCUGACUCUUGAAAUGUAGAAGAAUUGUCAUUUGUGUGAUAUUAGCAGUCUGGAGCUUUAUUUAUAAUUUAUUUUGAAAAAUAAAAAUGCCACAUUUAUUCCCCAAAUGUCAAGAUUUUCUAGGCUUACAUAAUUAGAAUAAUAAGGCUAAAGACAUUUUAAAACAUAUUUUAUAUGUAGUGAAAUACUGUGAAAUACUAGUGAACAGCAUUUUGCUGAGCUGUUGAUUUCAGUCAUUAGAAUUUAAAGAGUUAGUCACCAGGGUAUGGUAGGUGAGCAUAGUUAUCAUUUAUUAUAAAUCAAACAGAUACUUUUCUGUUUGCAUGCAAAUUAUUUUCCUAAGUGUGAAAAUAAAAGUCUGGGAAAUAAUAUUUUUACUUUUUUAAUCUGGACUUCCCCUUCCCCCAAUUUAUAUUUUAGGUUUUUAAAUACCACUUCCUACAAAUGUGUCAUAAUUUGUAUCAUAUUGAAUACUUUAUCAUUUCAGUUUUCUAGAGAUCUUUUAAACCUAAAUAAGAUCUGGGUUCAGCCAUAGCAAAGAAUGUAAGGAAUGAGUUAAGAAUUCUGCAAAUGAAGACCACUGUUCUACUUAGGCCCAUGAGAGCAUACACAUGUAUAAGUUUAAUCCUAUGCUAUAUCUGAAUAGUCAGUAAGCUAUAAUAGUUCUCAUGAAUGCUAAUGUUCAGAUUCCAAGCUUUAUGACCUUAGCAUGUGUAUAUGUUUAUAAAAUUGAAUCAUGUGUUUCUUCUCUGGCUUGCUGUAUGUAUUUCAGCUAGCAAUAGGAUGCUGUCCAAAACAUGCACAAACCCACUAGCCUAAUGACUAAAUUUGUUUUUGUAAAAGUCUUUGUGUACUUGUAUGUAUGUAGCUUUCUUCUAGUUUGACAUACCUUAUCCCAGACAUUAAAAAGAGAGACUAUUUUCUAUAGAGGACAUUGUCUACCAAUUAUUUGCCUCUUUAGAGCUCAGCCUGUGCAUUUAUUAAUGCUUAAUCAUCCAUGUCAUUAUGUCUUCUUUAUGACAGUUCUGGUUUUGUCAUGUAAGUGUGUCCCUCUUUUAAUUUAAUUUGGUCUUUCAUUUGUUUGUAUUUUCUCUUCUCCCCCCCCCAGAAAUCAGGCUUAUUCUAGAAAUUAUUUCUAUGGUGCUUUGUUUCCCCCAGAGGCAAUGGAACUGAGUAAAAUUCCUAAGUUUCCUUCUACACACUUUAGUUCUCCCACACCUAAAUUAGCUUUCAGAUAUUGUAAAUUAGAAUGAUUUAUCUUUUGUUUUGUUUUAAUCAUGUAGAUUGUCAUCAGACAAUACAAUGAUUAAAAGAGAAAGAUGUGACUGCCACUUCUAACUUUUGAAUAAAACUUUUUGGAGCAUUUUUCAAAAUGUGUAAGUUUGUGGUAAUGAUACACACCUUAGUAUAUGUGGAAUCAUCUUAUGCACAUUUGCCAACUGGUUCUUCUUUAAAGCUGCAUUUUCAUGCCCUCACAGAGGAGACUUAAAACAUGUGAUUUUCACUACAUUUUGGUGUUCAGCCUUUUAAGCAAUUACAAUAACAUUUGAAAAUCUGAAAUUAAUAGUUCUGGGGGAAUGAAAAGGACUUUUGAUAUUUAAAGUCCUUUAUUUUAAAUGCUAACCACAUUCACCAACAUCUUAGUGGCAUGCAAGGCUUUGUGAAUGCUACUGAAAAUAUUAUAAGAUCAUUUUUUAAAAUUCAUAGUGAAAUAUUUACAUGCUGUUUUCUCUUUACAUCUCUUAACACCCAAAUAUUAAUUUACCACAUUUACAAAGUUUGGGUUAAAAUCCAAUUAAAGUGAAAUGUUUUUAUGGUGCUGUAUUUUAUGGAACAUGGAGAGCACUCAGGUUUCUUGAUAUUUAUUUCUUACUAUUGUCUUAUAAUCCUUGAAUAUUUCUUUUGUUGUCUUUCCUCUCGGGCUCCCUCUUAUACCUACUUCUUUUUCACAAUGAAGACUGUACUUAACAUAGUAUACUUCAAUCAGACUGGAAAUUUCACAUUCAUUCCUGAGAGAAAAAAAUAGAAAGGCCCUCCAGUUAAGGUGUGUUUAUUUAUAUGUAUGCCCAUUUCUUAUUCUUAUACCUUUCUUAAUUAAAUCUAGGAUAUGAGACUUAGACAUAUAAAAGCAUGGUAAUUAUUUUCUAAAAAAAAAUUAUUGAUACAUAUUGAGAUCGCCAUUCAUAAUUUACUUUUAAAAUCCCAUAUUGAAAUAUCUAGAAACCCAGUUGGAAAACGUGUCUUUGCAUUUGUCACCAAAUAUACAUUAGACAGUACUACAAAUGUUGAUUUUUUUUUUAAAACAAUACCGUGGUGAUGGCAAUCAGUAAUUUAUUUCUCUGUUCUGUAACUUAUCAUCCAUGUUUUUUGUAAUCCUUUACACAGUAUUAACAAAACUGUACUUUAUGUUUGUUCUUAGUGUCCAUAAAUUUUAAAAUGGAAAAACAUUCAGUUAAUAGUUGAUGUGCUGUUGUGUAUGGGCAGAAUGUCCAUUAAACUAAAAUUCAGUGGGGAAGAAAGGUAAACAAAACUGGCUUGGUUUAUAAAAGAUGUUUUGUUUGGCAGUUGUUGGUCAUUAUAAGCAAUUACUUUCAAGGACAAAAAAUACUGGACUAAAUUUGUUGCCAUUCUUUAUGGGAUGUUUACAAUAAAAUUCCAAGUUGUUUGGAAUCAGUUGCACUCUCGCUGCUUGAUGCCUUAAUUCAUACUAGAGAUAAAUUAACAAGACGAAAGAAUUAAAAGAACUACGAAGUUAACCUUUCUAACUAUCCAGCUUUACAGAUUGUAUCAUGUAAUCCGUGGGUCUUCUUGUCAUAAGAUAUUUUAUUAUAAUCAUUUUUUAAUUCUUAAAAACUGAGUUGCUUCCUAUGAAAGAAAAGAUGUUUCCUAUUCUUGCUGAUAUUCUUUGGAUCACCUUUGGGUAAUCAAAAUGAUGGUAACACUUUAAAAUGUGGGCUGCUUGGUGCCUUAAUUAGCAGCCCUAAGCUCUCAUAAGUUCUUUAUUCAGCAGAGCUUGAGUUGGCUAGAUUUCUAAUAUACUUACUGUUAAAUUUUAACAGCUGAGCUAUGGAUACCCAGUGUUUUUUUUUUUUUUUUAUUUGAGGUUAAAUUGCCUGUUGACUAUGAAUUUAUUAUAAAUGGUGCUUUAACUUGAUGUAAAUCUAGGAGGGAGAGAAAUGAAGUGAGCUGGGGUCUGAAUGUUUUACCAGGAACACUCAUCCUUGGCCUUAAAUCUAUACCCAAAAGUUUUCUCCCAGUGUCAAGAAUUCUACUGAGUUCAAGAUAAAUAUGCUUCCAAAAGACUGGUCUGCAUCUUUUAUAUGUAGCUUGUCUGUUUUGUGUUUUUCGAAUUGAGAAGACUCCUAGAGUAGUUCACCUCUCUUCUGGCAUUGGAUCAAUUGAGUGAGAGCCCAAUUUUCACAAUACCCAGAUUGAGGUCAGGGUAUAUUUGUGUUAUUUUUGUUUAGCUGUUUGACUGCUUUAAAAUAACCCUCUUUUACUAUGUGAAUAUGUUACAUUAAAAAUUCUUUGUUAGAAGCCUUCCAUAUUUUCUUUACCUGGUAGAGUUCUUAAAUAGAAAAAUUAAAGAAUUUUUUAUGACAAAACUUUAUUGAAGUAUUCAGAAGAUUGUUUGCCUCAUUGAGAAGAUCAAGGGGAAAGAGUACCCUUUGCUUUCUAUAUUAUUUAUCACUUACUUCUUAAAGCUACUUUCCAAAAAUGCACAAAAUAAAUUGAAACUAAUACGCUGAGCUUGUGAGUUAAUUUUUAAAUGAGAUUUUUGGUGCUAUAUUUAAACUCAUUUCCUGUCUCAAGAAUUUUAUAUAAGUACUUAUAGCAUUUUUAUGAUGCAUAAUGCUGGUAGACCAAAUAUAACAUUAAAUAAAAUAAAUAUUUUAUGAUGUUAUUUUUCCCCCAAAAUUUGGAGUGACUUUUUGAAACUUUUUAGUUACCUUUUCAUUGCCAUCUGUAGUACCUGACUUAAUAAAAUUACUUCUCACCUGCAGAAUAUAAACUUCUAGUAGCUAAUUUUAGCAAAAGUGUUAGCAUACUAAUCUUUCAAGAUAUAUUAAGGACUUUCAAAACUCUGUCAUGCUAUUAUGCUUUCAUUAAUUUGUAAAAUUCUACUUAAUGCCUGCUCAGCGCCCUUAGAAUUUCCAGUUUUAUAAAUGUUUGUUUCUCACAAACAUUUUAAGAAAUAAAAGCAUUUCAAAUCAUUUAAUACAGGCUACUAAUAUUGAUAAGUAUUUUAUUCAUUCUUAGUGGUGUUUUGUGGUUUAUUUUUGUCCUGUUUAAAUUCUAACUAGAACUUGUAUGGUAGCAUGUAAUUUGUACUAGGAAUUUUGUGUACUCUGUCAAGUACUUUGUGGAGAGAAAACUUGUCAUAAGGUGUUUCUAGUUUUUUGUUUUACAGAAUGUCAGUUUCAAUGAAAUAUGCCUCCCAAAUUGUGUAUUAGACAUUUUAACAGGAGAUUUUGUUACCCUUGGGUACUGUUUAUUUAAAAUGUUAAUAACUAAGUGCUGGUAGUUCUGGAUUGUUUCCCUGUGUUAAGUUUUAAUUUAUAAAUGAGAGCUACCCUUGUAUACAAAAAAAGCAUAACUGUUAUUUGUUCUAGUCUGACCUCAUAACAUAUAUUAUCCCUGACAGUUUUAGCUACUAAAUCUUUUAUCACAUUAUUUCUAAUUGUUCAACUCAAAAUUGUCAGGGACUGAAUCACAUUCUUGCUCUGGAGUUGUAUGAUGAUGUUCUUCCUAUAUAAUAUUUACCAGCCGGUGUUUGUAGCCUGUAUUGGACUGUACCUCCCUAGGAUUGUUCAUCUGUACCUUCUGUGUUUUAAGCACUGUAAUUUUUAAAAGAGCUUUAGAGUUUACGAAAUUUAUUCUUCAAAUAUAGUCUUAAUGACCAGAAA